AUACAACAUAAUGAGGCAGAUCAAUUUAGGAGAAUUUACGAAGCAGAGGAAUAAGCAGGAAAGCCUGUAGAACGAACAAGCGAGCGAGGUAAGCUAACGUUCAAUGCCUUCGAAUUUACUUCGCAGACUGCCUCUGCGGGCUCUUUAUGUUUUAACUUUCGAGCAUACUCCCUUCCUUUUAUUCAACUACACCCAAAUAUGCAAGACAACAAAAAACAAACAUGUCUCUCCUAUUCACACUGUUUGCGCAAUCCUAUAUAUCGCUAACCCUUCACAUUCAUCACCAAUAACUGUUAACCCAUUCUGUUCUCAUGGACCCAUAAAGGAUUGUGCUCUGUUUUCCUGUAUUGUUGGCAAAAUCAUGGAAAUCAUUAUUAAUAGGGAGGAUAUAGAAAUGGGUUUUGAUGAACUUGCCCUAAAAUCAUUGACUCCUGAUAUUGUUAGUGAGGUUUUGAGAACAACCCAGAGAAAGUUCUUGCGAAAUGCUGAGUCCCAUGGUACUCAAAAGGGUUCGAGAAGAAGGUCUCCAAUUGUACAGAGAUAUCUCUGGAAAGAAGCCCAAGCCUUAGAAGAAAAUCAACCUAUAAAAGGUCCACCUGCUAGGAGAAAUCCUUUAAUUGUCAAGGUGGGUGUUGAUAAAGCAUUGAGGUUCUAUUCAUGGGCUGAAGAGCAAAGUGGGCUUGAACAUACUCAGCUCACUUGCCAGGAAAUGGCAUGGACCUUAGCUAGGGCAAACAAGUUGAAAAUGUUGUGGAGAUUCCUUCAUGAAAUGGCUAGAAAGGAAAAGGCUGAUCUGGUCACAACAAAGACUGUGACCUCUGUUAUAAAGGUCCUCGGUGAAGAGGGUCUGGUAAAGGAAGCACUGGCUUGUUUUUAUAGGAUGAAGCAGUUCCAUUGCAAACCAGACCUAAUAGCAUAUAACACCAUCAUUUACGCCCUCUGUAGGGUAGGAAAUUUCAGGAAGGCGAGGUUCUUGUUUGAUCAGAUGAAAAGACCUUGGUCUAGGUGUCCUCCGGAUACUUUCACCUAUACAAUUCUUAUCAGCUGUCACUGUAAAUACAGUAUGCAAACAGGAAAUAGUAAGGUAGUUGGUAAGAAAUUAUAUGAGGCCAAUCGGCUGUUUAGGGAUAUGUGUGAUGAUGGUUUUGUGCCAGAUGUUGUGACUUACAAUUGCUUGAUUGAUGGGCUUUGUAAGAAGUAUAGAAUUGAUCGCGCUCUAGAGCUUUUCCAUCACAUGUCUCAGAAUGGUUGUGCUCCUAACAAAGUCACGUAUAAUUCCUUCAUCAGGUACUAUAGCACUGUGAAUGAAAUGGAUAAAGCCGAAGACAUGAUGAAGGAGAUGAAGAGAAAUAACAUUACUCCAACCUGUAGUUCUUAUACACCGAUUUUGCAUGCAUUAUGUGAAAUGAACAGGUUGGAUGAAGCUCGCAAGCUCUUGAUAGAAAUGGUGGAGGAAAAGAGUAUUCCGAGAUCUUACACGUAUGAGCUUAUUACAGGUGCUCUUAGGAAAGCAGGGCAUACUGGUUUGCCGGCAGAUUUAUGUGAGAAGAUUGAACUUGGAAUAGAAGCUAGACAUAAAUAUGUGAAAACGGUGAAGAAUAAGCUUUAUACAUGAAAAGAGUUUAUCUGAGAAAAUUCUUGUUUGAAAGAAAGCAUUCAGUCGGGUCUCACUACUUUAUCAGGUUGAGCAGAUUAUUUCUGUCCAUGAAGAGGGAUGCCUUCAAAUAGAGAAGAGGAGAUGCUGAUGCUUAUUCAUUGGAGCUGAACACACUACCUUGUUGAAUUAGUAAUCAACAUUGAGCUUUUGGCAUGGGACUCAUCGGAAUUUUCAGCUAAAGAUGAUAUGCCAUUAAAGCUUUAUAACUAAUAGGUUUGGAUGUGCUUAUCUGAAUGAUUCAAAUCAUUUCAGCGAAUAUUUAUUGGGUUUGGAUUUGCAACAGAGGAGCAUAUUCAAUUCCAGGGUUCUUAUUCAUACAAUAGGCUAUUCCAAUAGUUAUAUUGUUCGCAUUGUAAAUUCAGCUCCCAUUUAUCAGGGAACAGCAGCUGAAGAGGAUGUCAGGGUUUUUAGCCUGGCCCAUAACCAGGUGAGGACACAAACGGGGAACCUCAUCCCCGGCAUUAACACAACAACAGCAGCCCAGGCCUGCGAGCGCAAAGUCUGCAAGCACACCAGCCCAACAAGGGUCUAGCACAGACAUGAACACCUGUGAAACAACCGACAUGAAUGUCGCAAUGGUUCACAAUCAACCUAGCAUGGAUUUGAACCUUGAUGGCACCAUCACACUGUGGGAUGAACCCAAAAGCAUACAUUUAUUUAUUUUUAUUUUUAAUCAACACUCUUUAACAUCGGCUUGACAGUUUGAUAAUUGAGUUUUCUUCUUUUCUUCA